CUGGGACUGUUCAGAAGAAAACACCAUUCAGAUCUGAAUGACGUAAAAGCUUUUCUGCAGCAGGAACUACAGCAUGAUGGACAGAUGCAAGGAUAUCGCUGGUUGCAUCUUCGGGCAGUUCAGAAUGGACUUGUGGUACAGCAGGACACAAUACGACAGAUCAUCAAGUUCCUUGAUCCUGAGGGUGUGGAACUUAGAAGAACUCGUCGUCUUAGAAGGCGGCAGUACAACACUAAAGGCCCAAACGCUCUUUGGCACAUGGACUCUUAUGAUAAAUUGAAACCCUAUGGUAUUGGGAUUAAUGGAUGCAUUGAUGGCUUCAGCCGUUUUGUUUUAUGGAUGGAAGCUUACACAACAAACAAUGACCCAAAAGUUAUAGCCAACUAUUUUAUAGAAUGUGUCACACGUUUGGGUGGGUGUCCAGAGAGGAUCCGGGCAGACAAUGGAACUGAAAAUGGACAUGUUGCCAACAUGCAGGUGUUUCUAAGAAGAAACCACACCGACAGUUUUGCCAAAGACAGCAGUUUCAUUUAUGGACGGAGCACUGCCAAUCAGCGCAUAGAAUCCUGGUGGGGAAUUCUGAGAAAACAAAGCAUUCAGUUCUGGAUGAACAUAUUCAAAACACUUCAAGAGAAUGGACAUUUCUCUGGGAGCUUUUUGGAUAAAAGCUUAGUCCAGUUUUGCUUUCUCAACCUGGUCCAGAGAGAUGUGAAUGAAGUAGUGAGAACAUGGAAUACCCACUAUAUCAGACCAAGACCUGGACAAGAAGUUGCUGGAGGUCGACCCAUCCUCAUGUACACAGUCCCUCAGGAGUAUGAUGCUGAGGACUGUCUUAAAACAGUGGACAUGGAGGAGGUUGCGGUAUGCAAGGAGGAGUGCACACCCAAGAGUCAGUUUCCCUGUGAUGAGACUGUCUUUGAGCUGUGUCUACUACUAAUGCAGGAGAAUGAAUGGGAGGCUCCUACAGAUGCUUAUAAUGCAGCUGAAUUGUACACCUCACUUAGAGCAGUAUUACUUGAAAAUCUUUGAACAUGCUGAUUGAUUUUCCAGUUUCAGCAUCCUUGCUAUUAUAUGGUGGCAGUGGUAUCAUAAUUAUUUCUUAUUCAGUUAAAUAAUUAAUGUUUGCUAAUGUUAAAAACCUUCCUGAUGUUUACUAAAGCAGUGAAGAAGCACACCCAUCUAAGCAAUAUUGUGGUUUUUUUUGUUCAUGAAUUG